CCCCCGCCCCGCGGGGGCCGCCCGCCGGCCCCGGAGUGCCUGCGGCGCCAGAAGCGCCGGGAGCUGGACGCGCGGCGCAGCAAGUGCCGCAUCCGCAUCGGGGGGCACCUGGAGCGCUGGUGCCGCCUCAAGGAGCAGCUCGGAUUCGCCCUGCACUCCCAGUUGGCCCAGUUCCUCCUUGACAGGUACAGCUCUCAUGGCUGCACCUGGAGCCCAGGUAGGUGCUCCCUCCCAGUUCCACGUUGGCAUCCAGUGGUUCGGGUCCAUAAGAAGUUCAUGGUGGAGAGGGAGGAUUCCUGUUGGGUUGGGUGCUGGAGAAGCACCUGGAGCUGCUCUUGGAUUGGCUCAUCUCCCUGAGCACUAGGCAAAUCCUCCCUGUGUUCCCUAUUUUUGGCAUCCCCAACUCUUUGGGAAGCUAUUUGAGGGUUGCUCUUAACAAGGAGAACCCUAAGAGCCUGAGGAAGGUGGAGGGGGGCCUUGCAUGUGUCCCACUCCCCCCGAAACACCAUUUUUGACCUGUUUUUCACAGAUUCCUUUGUUU